AUGAGCCAGGUCCAAACAGAUCUCCUACCCCAUGACAAUGCGGUAGGAGAAAUAUACAAAGUGAACAUCUCGUUCAUCGCCGUGACGACCUUGAUUAUUGGACUGCGGUUAGUAGUCCGAGGAUUUGUCGUCAAGCAUGUUGCUGCUGAUGACUACCUUAUGGUGGCCGCUGGGUUAUUUUCCACGGCUUUUUCUACCAUGACUAUUGUUGGGAUCAGAUACGGUCUCGGAAAACAUAUUUAUGAUCUACCGCAGGACGCCCAUUUGCUUGAGAGAACCAAGAGAGUGAUCCAAACACUAUGGACCUGUCAGAUCAUGUACGCCACAGCACUCAUGCUGGUCAAAAUAUCCAUUGUAGUAUCAUAUCUGCGAGUCUUCCCGACAGUGCUUUUCCGUCGCACCAUGUACGCUCUUAGUGCUGCCAUCGUUGCGGUGUGGAUCUGCAGUAUCCUCGUCACCAUAUUCCAGUGCAACCCUGUACGAGCAGCAUGGGACUUUACCCUGUCCAGGAAUUGUUUACCCAUCGUCAAGUUCUUCUACUUUACAACGGCUUUCUCAAUCUUCACAGAUUUCUUGCUAUGCACACUACCCCUUCCAGUCUUCUGGAAAUUGAAGCUCCCGGCCAGGCAGAAGUCUAUUGUGUCAGUUCUAUUCGGAGUUGGGCUCUUCGCUACAGUCGCAUCAGCUCUUAGGAUUAGUGUGAUCCCGGCAGUUGAUGAUCUCGAUGUCACAAUGGGAUCAGUAUCCACCAUUAAAUGGUCGGUUGUGGAGGUGGGAACCGGUAUUAUCUGUGCCUGCAUACCAACCUUGAAGCCUCUGUUCAAAAACCUUCUCCCAGACAAGAACUCAUCUCACAACCGAUCUGGCGGUGGACGAUCUGAUAGAACUGGACCAUAUACACCAAAGAUCGCCCAGAGCGAAGAGAGCCACGAGCUCACCAAACCUACAGAAGGGUGGACAUCCUGGAGUCGGCAAGAUUCAAGGCUCAAGGCAGCUCCUGUGGUCGUUACAAAGAAUUUCAUCUGA